UGUUCAACUUGUUGAAUGUGUUUGAUACCUGCUACUGUGCAGCUGUCAGCAUACAUGGUUCUUUCGAGCUGAGGCUUAACUUGGCUAAAUUUAAACCAAUCUUUCUGCAGACCCCAGCUGUGCAGAAACUACAGCACUUCCUCUUUCAUCGCAAAUUGAGAGUGAAAAUAGCUUUACCUCUGGUCAAAAUAACAAGUGUGUUGCUUUCAUCCUACACACACAAGACAGAGAGAAGUCAACCACAGGGCCCAGGAAGUGCUUUCAUCUGCAGCAUAGACUUAAGCUGUAGUUUCAGGCACAUUUGGAGACGGCUGUCACAGACAGAUUUGCUUCUGUUAUUACCGGCUGUGAGAUAACCUCGACGUGGCAGAGAGAUGAAGUUCAUGUUUCAUUUCACUCUGGUGCUGUCAGUCCUCCUGACCUCAGCCCUGAAAACCCUCGAUUCAGAUCAGGAGCUGCAAGACAGUGGGUUCGGUCAACCACCGCCUCGCCACGGCCUCAAGUUGCUGGAGUGGUACGUUAACAACUGCCUGGACAACAACAUGGUGGCUCUGUGUGAUCCCACGCAAGGUGUUUAUGGAUUUCAUGAGUUUAAGAACCGGGGGCCCAGGCAUCUGCUUCCUGUCAUAGAGGAUAAAAGGCAAUACAAGUACUACACCAUCGGAAACCUCAACGCUCCCCAUUCCGAGGACCUGCCAUAUGAAGUCAGGAAGUACUACAACCACAAAGACCCUGAAAGUAACAAGGACAGAGUUUUGGUGCGAUACAACAACAACAACAGGCGCGUGGACGAGAUCUACGCAUCUGCACACUAUAAAGCAAAAGAGACGUACGUAAUUGGGCCCAAUCUUUUUGCUUCUCUUCGGCGGCGAACUGCCCUCGUUAGCAGAGAAAUGUGAUGCAAAAAUCUUUAUGUGACAUCUUUAAUAGCCCUGACUCUUCAAAACAAAUCCCGACGGAAAGAUUUUUUAAACAGUCUUGAUUGACAUGGCUGCUGCUGUUCUUUGUUGUCAGAAUGAAGUGCCAGGCUGCUUUGAUUAGCUUAUUUUAAGGAGUAUGAGUCAGGAUCUUUGUUUAUAUGACCUGGCAUGGCCUGCCUGCUUGUAGAAUACAAGGCUUUGGAGAAUAUUUCUUUGACCAAUAAAAUAAGUGUUAAAAUGUA